CAAAUUCUUCUGUCAAUCAACCCGGAAGGAGGUGUUGUCAGGGCACCUUUCAAGCAUUCCUCAAGCCUCACAAUCCAGUAUGGCUGAAACCCAAUCUACCCUACGGGAGCCCUUCCUUUCUCCCAUUGACACCCGUGACGACGAAGAAAAUCAACGCUAUCAACAUUUUUUUUAUUUGAGCAACGAGGAGGUAGAACACGAAAGUCACAGCUGUACCGAAGAUCUUGAUUCGCAUUCAUCCGGUUCGGGGUCAUCCAUAUACUUUCCUCCCGAUAUUCUGCGUCUGGCUAAAAGAAAUGUUCGGAAGACACUCUCCCUGACUUUUUUCUCUUUCUUAAGUCGUUCCAUAUGGAGCCAAGGUGUCUUAUCGACCUUUGUUGUUCUUGUUUGGAAGGAUUCCCCUGCAUAUGUCGGUUAUGCAUUGGCAACCACCGGUAUGUUUCAAAUUAUAUCGUCGAUCGCAACACGUUAUGCUACAAGGUGUUCCGAUUACAUAGCAAACCGCAUCGAAACCCUCUUGCAACUGGCAUCCAUAAUCGGAUUUUUCAUUCCGGCUAUAUUUUUCUUUGCCGUCAAAGCCCAAGGCUUUCCAUUCUUUCUUCUUGCCAAUGCUCUUUGGGGCACGUUGCUGGGAGUAAUGGAUUCAGCCUUGCCCAUUGUGUUUUCCGAAUGGACCGGUACAGAUCCUAAAACAACAACAUUGAAGUAUAGAAUGUGCCACAAUCUGGUACGACUGGGCAAUAUCGCGGGAACGCUGCUGACCCUUGCUCUAUUUGCAGCACUGGGAAAUACCUGGACUAUUGAAAACUGUUAUACAGUGAUGAUGGUCGGAUUGGGGUGCAAUCUGCCUGUUUUGUUCUUGAUGGUAACGUUAAAAUCGAUCACGUUCGCAUGGGGCGAAGACUUGAGCAGUGAGUCAUUGGAACCAGAGGAUUACAAUGUGUUAGCACAAACAGACGAAGAGCAAUACUACAACGAUAUCACUGAACAUGAAUCACAAUCGCCCUCAUGGAACGAAGAUGAAACCGAUGAUAACUUUAUUGUCGAAGGAACUAGUAUUGAAAACAUAUUUUUCGGUGCUGAGGUAGGCGAAGCAACUGAAGAUUCCUCCGAGAAGACCUGGACAGCAGUGUGGCGCACCGACAAAAUACGUGUCCCAAUACUGAUCCAUAUAUCAGAUAUGUUUUCUUCAAUUGCUGGCGGCAUGUCGAUUGGGUACUUUCCGGUGUAUCUUAUGCAGCGCUCAAAACUCGAGCCUGUUUCGAUCCAAUUUAUGUAUCUGAUUAUUCCGCUAGGCCAAUGGAUGACCCCGUUGCUGGCCAAAGCUUUGUCGAAGGCCAUCGGGCCUUGCCGUGCUUGCGUAUCGCUGCAAUGGGUCUAUAUUCUGAGCUUACUGUCUAUGAUUGCUUGUCAAUGGAAUGGGUACCCGGUAUGGAUGGUAUGCACUCUGUACGUAUUCCAUGGGUCGUUGAUGAACUCGACCUCGUCCCUUAGCAAAGCUAUGGUCCUGCAGCACGUCCCCGCCGAAGACCAGCACAAGUGGAUGGUGGUGGAAAAUGCUCAGAUGUUGCUGUGGUCGUGUGCGGGCCUUCUUGGGGGCUGCAUUGUUGACCGUUAUGGAUUAGUCGUCAAUUUUUUUGUGACCGCCGUUCUACAGUUUUUAGCCAGUGCUCCACUCGCAGCACUCAACUACUUGCUGGAACCCCCAUUGGACACGGUGCGAACCCCUACAGAAGCCGAAAUGGAUGAAUCGAUCGACAGCAGCUACGAUUGCGACGAUGAGAUCAAUACCUCUCUGUGUUGUGGUUCGUAUCUGCAAUCGAAAGCAUCGUCUAAUUCUGUUGGUGGAUAUAGAAUUGAAGCUUUAAGUCCUUCGACCCAAGCAACCGAAAUCGAUUUCGAUUCGCCCAGAGAGAUUACAACGAUCUCUAUUCAUGUUGUAUGAAUGCCAACACAUGGGCACGGCUAAGCGUUUUUUUUUGGCGCCGAUAUAGCAUGUUACAUU